CUCGAUUGGUCAUUCGCGAUUGAUACGGAUCCACGGCUUCACUACCAACCGCCUGCACCUACAAAUCCGCAGAGACAGAUCGAUCCUUGCUCGCUAGCCGAGAGAUGGCCGGUGCUGUGCGCGCGGGCGCCGGCGGCGAGAUCGCGGACGACUGCCUCCGCGAAGUCCUGGCCCGCCUGAUCCCGGCCGGCGGCAUCCAGGGCCUCCUCCGCUGCGCGGCCACCUGCAAGCGGUGGCGCUGCGUGGCCACGGAGCGGGCCUUCCUCCGCCGCAUCGGGCUCUGGCGGGACAACGCCCGCCGCCCCUCCGUCCUCCUCGGCGCCUUCUUCCAGACCUCCUACCGCCCCUCCACCGCCGCAGCCGCCGCGGACUACGACUUCGACGAGCCCCCGGAAAGGUCCCCGCGUCACCACAACCCUCCGCGGUUCCGAAGCCUUCAGCCCGGCGGCGCGGAUCUCGCCUUCGACUCCUUCGUCCCCAACGCCGACGGGGGGUUCGACCUCGCCAGGCCGCUCGCGUCGCGCCGCGGCCUCCUCCUCGUGCGCCUCUUGCCCGUCGGCGACUGCUGCGUCAGGGUUCUGCAGAAGCUCCAUCUGGCGGUGUGCCGCCCCCAGAUCGGGAAGAAGAAUCAUCAGGGCUCGCAACAUCUUCUUCUCCCGCAGCCCCCCUUCUACCUGACUGACCAUCUGGACCGCGCUCUCGCCGGGUGCGCGAUCCUCACCGACGCCGCCGCAGACGAUGAUAAUUCGGUGGAUCGGCAGGCGGCAUUCAAAGUGCUUGUGCUUUACAUUGACCUUGACGAGCUCGUGUGCGCCUGCGCCUACUCCUCCGCCACGGGGACUUGGAGCGCGCCCGUCAGCUGCUGCCGGGCCACCAAAUUCAUCCGGUGCGGGCCGCGGGCCGGCGUCGUCGCCGGCGGCGGCACCGUGCACUGGGUGUGCAGGAACGAGAGGAGCUUCUACACCCUCGACGUAGACAUAAGCGCCGCCGCAACGACGAAUGUCUCUUUCACCGAGAUCCCCAUCAAAGUCCACGCCGGCGGCAUGUCAAGGCAGCCGCCGCCAUUACCAUGCGUCGUCAAAGGAGGGAGGCUUUCACUUGUUACUAUGCAGCCUCGUGGUGGUGCGCUAGAGCUUUGGACCAAGCGAGAACAUGAUAAUGACGACGAUGAUCAUCGGUGUGAGUGGGGUUGGGUACACUCGUCUGAGUUGAUCGAUCUGGGCAGCGACAGAAUAGACAUUGUCUUCUUCGCGGAGAGCAGAGGUGCUCUGCUCGUCGAGCAAGGCGGCGCCUUCUCCGCCAUUGACCUCGAGAGCAAGGAGCAGAGGGUCAUGGCAAGGGCACGCGUUGGUUUCCAGCGGCGCACUGCACUAGUAGCUGCUGCAAGGCGUACCACUGUGGCUGGAAUUGUGACUACAACCCGCCUGUGCUCUACGAGGCGGAUUGGGUAUUUAGGUUCCCUGUGGCUGAUGAUGAGCCCACACGCCUGUAGUUGCUUUUCCAUUGCAUGGCGUGUCUGCUGCACGAGAUACAAGCCAGGACGACGGCCAGAGGAAGAAGAAGCUCUUGGCUAACACGCCGAGUUGCUGCGGAAACGAGUCCGAAGAUGGUGCACGUACUCCUAUAUAUUCUCAUUGGUAACACGGAGGUCUCUCUGACCAAGACCCAGAAUGGCCUGCAGCGGAAGUGGAGAGCGCCGCCGGAGAAGAAGGGGCGGCUUUCCUUCGUCGACAUACGAUACGAUGGCAUGCUAGACCCCGGGCCUGGACCACUAAGCGAGAAGAAAACAAUCGGGCGUGUAGGUGUCGAUGAAUCGUUGCAGGAUGGAUUCAAGUAACGCGAAGAGAAGAAUAUAAUGCCGUGGAAGAUUGAGAUGUUAAUUGCAUCUGCAUUUCGACACAGUUGUUUUUGCUCGGAAUAAAACUGAAACUUUUCUGUGAU